UUGCUACCAACCCUGCCACCCUCAACUUUUUCUGGGUAUAUAUGCAAGCCUGCGUUGUACAUGUAGCAUACACUCAAGCAACUACACCAACGAACCUGCAGACUCAGCUAGGACAAUAUGGCGUGCAAGUCCAGCCGCAGUCUCCUCCUCUUGGCCACCGUCAUGGUCUCCGUCUUCGCCGCCGCUGCCGCUGCCGCCGCCGCCACCGACUGCUCCCCAGGGGUGGCUUUUCCGACCAAUCUGCUCGGACACUGCCGCGACUAUGUGUUACAGCAGACUUGUGCCGUCUUCACUCCCGGGUCGAAGUUACCCGAAUGGAUGACAUCCGCGGAGCUGAACUACCCCGGGCAGCCAUACCUCGCCAAGUUGUAUUGCUGCCAGGAGCUUGCAGAAAUUCCCCAGCAGUGCCGGUGCGAGGCGCUGCGCUACUUCAUGGCGUUGCCGGUACCGUCUCAGCCCGUGGACCCGAGCACCGGCAAUGUUGGUCAGAGCGGCCUCAUGGACCUGCCCGGAUGCCCCAGGGAGAUGCAACGGGACUUCGUCAGAUUACUCGUCGCCCCGGGGCAGUGCAACUUGGCGACCAUUCACAACGUUCGAUACUGCCCCGCCGUGGAACAGCCGCUGUGGAUCUAGUGAUGAUAAAAUCAGUCGUUCGUGAAUAAGCAUGCAUGUUGCGUACAUAGGCGUAGGCGUGUGCGUGUGGUGUGCAUGUAUGCAUAUGUGAGCUCCGCACGCUCAACAUGUGUGGGCUAUCUGCUAUGAACGAGAAUAAAGAGAACCAUUUUGUGGUUCUUUAAUUUCAACUC